CUCGGGAGCCUCUGCACCCACCGUAUCCCGUUGCCUCUCACCUAGACGAUCACGAGCAGCAACUAGUUGAGAUCAAGCCGCCGCCGUCGCCGUCUUCUUCUUCGUCUCGGCCGGAAACCUCGGGAGGAGCUGGCUAACCUGGAUCAGCUGGAGGGCGGGUUCGCCUCCGCGCGCGGGCACGAGACCGAGGAGCAGCGCAACAAGUUCCUGGUGCUCCGCCUCUACGAGGCGCUCAACGGCGGGGACCACGCCGCCGUCCACUCCCUCCUCGCCCCCGACCUCGAGUGGUGGUUCCAUGGCCCGCCCGCGCACCAGCACAUGAUGCGCCUCCUCACCGGCUCCAGCUCCUCCUCCUUCCGCUUCCAGCCGCGCUCCGUCGACGCCUUCGGCUCCACCGUCAUCGCCGAGGGCGUGGACGACAAGGCCAAGGCGUACUGGGUGCACGCGUGGACCGUGGGGGGCGAUGGGGUGAUCACCCAGCUGCGCGAGUACUUCAACACCGACCUCACCGUGACGCGCCUCGCCGCCGCCGCAGCGUCCAAGUGCGUCUGGCAGAGCCGCCGCCCCGACCGCGCCCGCAACUCCCUCCCCGGCCUCGUGCUCGCCCUCUAGCCGCCUGAGCCAAGCUGGGCGACGCCCACCACUGCUCGGGCGUACGUACGUAUGGGCUGACGUUGCUUCAAUUCUUCUUCAUCCUCUGCUUUCCCUGGCCUGUUGAUUCUUGUUUGCGUGUCUGGUGAACGUACGUAGUAUAGCUGAAUAGCCGAUCGAACCGGCCGGUGAUGGCGACGCCGCGCCGUCAUGGCGGCUGCGUCUUCACUGCUGCUGCUUGUAUGUCUUCGUGGUUGCUGUCAUGGUGUGAUAAUAAUAAUAAUAAUAAUAAUAAUAAAGGAAGUUGGCUUGUACUGGA